UCCGCUUCUUCCUAUUCCCCAUCUCUUUCCGUCUUUCUUCAACCGCUUUACUGGAUUGGUGCUUUUGACCCGGUUUCUUCUUUUGCAUUUCCAAAAAGUCCCUUUCCUUUCCUCACCAAACUGAUUUUUUUUUUCUUGUUUUGUCCUCGAUUUGAUCGAUUUUCUUCUCAGUUGUUUUAUUUUUAUUUUCUGUCAAAACCCUGGUUCUCGAUUUUCUGUAUUUGUUCAUUUUCUCUGUUCGUUCAGACAUCUCGACAGCCAGCCUUUUCUGGUUCUGCAGACAGAGGAACGGCUAUUGGAGUGAUGUCUCUCAGUAAAGAGCUGGUCUUCUUGAUCUUACAGUUCCUUGAUGAGGAAAACCUAAAAGAAACUGCUCACAUUUUGGAGCGGGAAACAGGUUAUUUCUUUGACAUGAAGUACUUUGAGGGCCUGGCACUUAGUGGGAACUGGGAUGAGGUUGAAAGAUAUCUCUCUGGUUUCACAAAAGUGGAGGACAACAAGUUUUCACUCAAGAUCUAUUUUGAAAUCAGAAAGCAGAAGUUCCUUGAGGCAUUGGAUAACCAUGAUGGCUCCAAGGCUUUAGGUAUCCUUGUGAAUGAUCUGAAAGUUUUUGCCUCAUACAAUGAAGAUCUGUACAAGGAGAUGACUCAGCUUCUGACUACAGAUGAUUUCAGGAAACACGAAUCUCUCUCCACAUAUAGGGACACAAAUUCUGCAAGAAUAAUCAUGAUGAAGGAUCUGAAGAAAGUUAUUGAGGCAAAUCCCCUCUUUCGUGGUAAACUAAAGUUUCCUAAUUUCAGAAGUCAAAGGUUGCGACGUCUCAUUAACCAAAGCUUGAAUUGGCAGCAUGUACAUUGUUCCUAUCCUCAACCAGACCCCGUCAUAAAAACUCUUUUUUUGGAUCAUGUUUGUCAACCACUAGACAAUCAUUCAAUUGUAAACAAUCCUCCGCCUUCGGAAGUUGCAUCAGCACCAGUUCCAACUUCCCCCUCCAGUUGUACUUUUACUCCAUCUACUGUGACUCAUUCUGCAGUUUCUGCUGGAACUGUUGGUCUCUGUGCACCAAGAAACCCAGCUGAAACUUUGGAGGAACUCAAGGAUUCAGAAAGUUUGUCUAAAAGUGGGACACUUGAGACUUUGGAUGAGGUAACAUCAGGAUUCACUUAUCCAGGCCAAGGUCAAAGUUCAGUAUUCAGAUUACCUGAUGACUUUCCAAAGUUAGUUCAGAAGACAUUGAAUGAAGGAUCAUCUCCAGUGAGCAUGGAUUUUCAUCCUGUUCAAUCAACCCUUCUUAUAGUUGGAACCAUCGUUGGGGACAUAGGUUUGUGGGAAGUUCUUUCUGGAGAGAAGUUACUAUCCAGAAGUUUUAAGGUUUGGGAUAUUGGAGCUUGUUCACCGAUUUUCAAGGCAGCUAUGGUUAAAGACCCAUGUGUAUCAGUUAAGUGUAUACGAUGGAGCCCUGAUGGUUCAAUAUUUGGGGUUGCAUAUUCAAAACAUAUUUUACAAUUAUACUCCUAUGGUGGUGCCAGUGACGUUCAGCCAAAAUUGGAGUUUGACGCUCAUGUUGGUGGUGUAAAUGACCUCGCCUUCUGUGCCCCUGAUAAGAAACUUAUGGUCAUAAGCUGUGGUGAUGACAAGAUUGUUAAGGUGUGGGAUGCAGUUAACGGUGUCAAAAUGUUCACUUUUGAGGGUCAUGAGGCCUCUGUAUAUUCUGUCUUACCUCACACCAAGGAGAGAAUUCAUUUUAUCUUUUCUACAUCAGUGGAUGGCAAGAUAAAAGCAUGGUUGUAUGACAAUUUGGGAGCGAGAGUUGAUUUUGAUGCUCCAGGUCAUUGGUGCACAACAAUGGCAUACAGUGAUGAUAAUAAAAGGAUUUUUUCAUGUGGCACUAGUAAAGAUGGAGAGUCAUUCCUUGUUGAAUGGAAUGAGACUGAAGGUUCUUUGAAGAGAAUUUACCAGGGACUUCGGAAGCCUUCAAUUGGGAUCCUGCAAUUUGAUACUGCUAAGAACCAGUUUUUGGCUGUUGGCGAUGACCAUUUAAUCAAACUUUGGGAUAUGGACAACCUUGAACUCUUGACAACUAUUGAUGCAGAUGGAGACCUACCAGCAAGUCCAUGUGUUCGCUUCAACAAGGAGGGAACGUUAUUAGCUGUUUUUGCAAAGGGAAACAGAAUCAAAAUCUUGGCAAAUGAUUCCAGUCCUAAGUUGCAGCAAACUUCUGAAAAUAAUUACCUUGCUUCCUCUAGUCUCUCUGAAAUACUGAGUGAGCUUUCAAUCAGCCAAAUUUCAUCUGUUGGUAGCGCUGGCAUGGAAGAUGGUGGUCUUCCUGUGAAUGAAGGAACAAGGAGCUUGGAGAAUGUGAAACCCAUUUUAACUGAGGAAGUCAAUGGGAAUAUCUCUAACAUCUAUUAUCCUCCUCAGUUCCAGUUCUUGAGUCUUCCUGCUAAGACAAACAAGGUGUCAAGUUUGAUCUACAACAAUGCAGGUGAUUCCAUUUUGGCAUUAGGAUCAAAUGUUCAUGUGGUUUGGAAAUGGCCGCAAAAUGACCUUAAUAUGAGUGGAAAGGCAACCACCAAGAUUCCCCCUCAAUUAUGGAAACCAAAAGGCAGGUCACAACUGAUUGGUGAUUACAGUGCUGGAACCAACCCUGCAGACGUUGUAGCAUGUUUUGUUUUUUCCAAAAAUGAUUCAUAUGGCAUAUCAGCUUCAGGAGGGAAGAUUUCUGUGUUCAACAUGCUGACAUAUAAGAAAAUGACAACUUUUAUGUCUUCUCCACCAAUGGCAACAUUUCUUGCUCUUCAUCCUCAAGAUAACAAUAUAAUUGCAGUAGGCCUGGAUGAUUCCACAAUUGUGAUUUACAAUGUUCGCAAUGAUGAGGUUGAGAACAAGCUUAAGGGCCACUUUGGAAAGAUCACUGGCCUUGCCUUCUCAGAGGUUCUGAAUGUACUUGUUUCAUCAGGAGCAGAUGCUCAGAUUGUUGUGUGGAAUUAUGAUGGAUGGGAAAGGGUGAACAGCAGAUCCAUGCAGAUCCCUGAUGAGGGUCCACCACUGUCAGACAUCCGAAUCCAGUUUCACCAGGAUCAAAUUCACUUCCUUGCUGUGCAUGACACUUGUCUUGCAAUAUAUGAAGCAAAGAAACUAGAAUGCAUUGGACAGUGGGUCACAGGAAAAUUUUCGGCAGAAAUCUCGCAUGCAACAUUUUCUUCUGAUAGCCAGUUAGUAUAUGCAAUCUUUCUAGAUGGAACGGCUUCUGUAUUUAACACUCCAAAUUUCCACCUGCAAUGUCGGAUUGAUUUCAAUGCUUGUAUUCCUCUCGAUAUCAGAUGUGAUGUAUACCCACUUGUGGUUGCCGCUCAUCCAAAUAACCCAAACCAGUUUGCGGUUGGCUUAUCUAAUGGUGGCAUCCAUAUCAUUGAGCCCCUUGAAUCUGUAGGGAAAUGGACAGCAUUGCCACCAGUUGUUGACCCGCUUGCCUGAUGACUACUGAUCCAGAAUUGCCCUACCAUGUGUUUUGAGUGAGGAAGCAAGCCUUGGCUUGAGGUUAUGUGCAUAAAUAACUCAGAGUUGAGCUAAAAUAAGGACAUCAAGGUAUGGUCCCCAUAAAAUAUGCUGUACUACAGAAUACUCAAAAUAAGUUAUCUAUAUCAGGUGAAAGCUUUUUCUGUC